CCGGAGGCCGAGGGUCCGCAGCGACGGGUGGUGGUGGUGAGGAUCACUAGCCCCUUCGCCUGGCUCCGCACCCGCUUCUAUUACCUCCUCAUCCGCCUCUACUUCGACCAGGAGUUCAGCAUCGAGGAGUUCACGCGCGGGGCCAAGCAGGCCUUUUCUGUUGUUUCAAAGCUGCUGUCUCAGCGUAAACUUGACCUGCUGGAUGAACUUGUAUCAGCAGAGGUACUUCAGGUGCUGAAGGAAAAGAUUUCUUUGCUCCCUGACAGCCACAGGGAUGCUUUAGCAGCUGACAUUGAUGCAAUCAUGUACACAAUGGAAGGAGAUGUUCGCAUUUACUAUGAUGAUGAUGGAAGAAAGUUUGUUAGCAUCCUCAUGCGUUUCUGGUAUCUGAAUGGUGCUAACCUACCUGAUGAAGUGCCAGGUGAAACCAAAGUUUUCCAGAUUGUGUUUGGAGAUGAAAGCACAAAGGAAAAAAGGCAUCUUUUAACAGCAAACUAUGAGUUCCAAAGGGAAUUUACAGAAGGAGCAAAACCAGACUGGACAAUUACACGGAUUGAACAUCCAAGGCUAUUAGAAUAAAUGCCUUCUAGUCUUUUUAUGUACAAUUGUAAAUUUUCUGAUGUAACAAAUAUCAGGCUUUUUUGGUCUCUCUCUUUUUUUUUUUUUUUUUUUUUUUUUUUUCCCCCCCUUCCUGCCUUCUACUCCAACAGAGGCUUGAAUUUUUUAUGUUUGUUUUCCCAAAAUUGUUUCUGAAACUUACGCUAUGCUGCAGCAUUACAAUAAAACCUUUUCCCUGGAACAGGCUGGUACAAGUGUAAUUGGUACAAAUGCUCAUCCAAGGCAUUUACACAGCAUAGUUUCACACAGGCUGGUAUUAUGGGUAUGUCAACUUCUUAUAUUCUGAGAAGGAAUGGUGCUACUUGAAGAUAAACAACACUUUCAUGGCUGGUGGCUCUUCU